AUGUUAGAUAAUCGUGCAUCAUAUUUCAAUAUUUAGGGGAAUAAAGCUAGCAUUAAUUUGAAUGUGAAACUGUUUUAAUCGAUGAAAUCGAAAGGACAGUUAAUAAAAUCAAAAUCAAAAGAGCCAAUCAGGGGACAAUUUAGAACCUUAAAGAAAUUGGAAGAUAACAUUGAUGAACCACAAAUGUAAUAAAGAGCUUUAACAACAUAAAAGAAAUUAGCACCAUUGAUAGAGGAGCCAUAAUAAAAGAACGAAGACCUAAAUCCUUUGCGAUAUAAUUUAAUUCAAUUAUUGGUUUUGAUGGGAAAAAAAGAAUAUUAUUUUGAUAAAAUAGUGAAAGAUGAUUUGAAAUUAAUUAGAGUUUUUACUCAAUCUAAGGAGAAUCCAGAAGAACAUCUCUAAAAAAUUAAGAAAUUUUUAAGCAACAAAGUUCGUUACAAGUAUAGAAGCACAUUUAAAAUGCUAUUGUAAAUUUAGCUUGAGUUAUUAAAAUACACUCCCAAAAAGAAAUCAGUUGCUAUCAAAAAUAGUCAAAAAGAAUUUGAAUAUGAUGAAGAAGAUGAGACACCUAAAAAGAAAAAAAUAAGUGCCAGAGGAAUUCAAGAUUAUCCCACCUGGAAAAGGAAAAACAAUGUCGCUCCAAAUCAAAAGGUAUUUAUAAUUACAAGUGGAUAUCACGCACUUCGAGAUGCGUUGCUAGAAAGAAAUUGGGCUGAAAAUGAAGAUGCUUACAGUCCAUUCUUUGAUCUCAAAUGGACUUGUAGUUUGAGAAGUGAUGACUUUAUGAAUCUAAUGGAAUUCCAAUAAAUUAACCAUUUCGAUUGCAAUUAGUGUUUAUGUUCUAAAUAUGGACUGGCAAGAAAUAUCAGAUGCAUCAAUAACUGGGAAUCCUUCUUUCCUCGAUGUUACGAUCUUGGUGAUUUAGUUGAUUUCUUAGACUUUAUUGAGGAUUUCAAAAUAUCCAAAAUCCAAAGUAUAUUACUAGAUUUUGAUCAAAGUUUAUAAAAUCAAACUUAGCAUAAAAACAUUGUUGAACCUGAAGAUGAUGAAGACAUCAACAGCAAUAAGGUAGAUGACUAAAAUAUUACAUUACAACCAGAACCAUUUUUUAAUAAUAAUCUCAAAUUAGACGACCAGAAUAAUACUAUUAGAAAUAAAGAAGAAAAAUAACUACCUUUUAUUGUUAAUCAGUUAUCUUAUAGAUAGAGAUUCAAAAUUAGACUUUGUUUAGUUGUAAUGAGUCGAGUCAAUAAAUCUUUGAGUAACAUGGUCAAAAGUAUCCUUAAAGAUGAAUUUCCAUUUAUUCAUCCUGGAGAAUGGAUUGUCCUUCUGAAAGACCCUGAAAAACCAAGGGAAAUCUUAAUACAGGACUAUCUAGAGUAAUAACUUAAACUAAAUGGGUAUGAGGAUUGCGAAGGUCCUGAAUUUCUACAAAAGUAUGUCCCUUAAAUUAAAGAAUUGCUCAAACAAUUAAACAAGAAUCCUUAAAACUCUCUGUAAGGAACCAGAAAUAUUUGGAUUGUUAAACCUGAAUACUCUUCAAGAGGAAGGGGCAUCAGAUGUCUAGAUGAUAUAUAUCAAAUUUUAGAUAAUGUAAAUAAGGAAACUAUGAAUUAUGUUGCCAUGAAGUAUAUAGAAAACCCUUUGAUUAUAAAAAAUCGUAAAUUUGAUAUCAGACAAUGGAUAUUGGUAACCGAAUUAGUUCCAUUAAAAAUAUAUUUCUAUAAUGAGUGUUAUGUGAGGUUCUCAGCUGAAGAAUUUGAUAUUGAUUAGUUUCAAAAUAGAUUUGCACAUCUAACCAACAAUGCUAUUGCUAAGUAUUCAUAAAAGUUUCAUAAGUCAGAAAUUAAAGGUAAUAUGUGGACAUAAGAUGAUUUCUAAUAGUACUUAAUAGAAGAAUUUGGUUGGGAUGUUUUUGGAGAAAAAAUACAACCAAAAUUUAAGGAAAUUGUUAUCAAUAGUCUAAGAUGUUGUAGUGAUCAAUUGAAAAAUAGAAAGCGUUCCUUUGAAGUGUAUGGAUACGACUUUAUGAUUGAUGAUUAAUUUAAUUCCUGGCUAAUUGAAGUGAAUAUGUCACCUUCCAGUGAUACAACCACUCCAGUCACUGCAUAAAUCAUACCUAAAAUGUUAGAAGAUAUUGUUAAAGUAGUUGUGGAUAAUUAAAAUAAGACUAAAAAGAAAAUUGGUGGAUUCUAAUUGAUAUAUAAUAGUGAUACUAAAUUAUUAUGA